AUGGAACGGUUCAACCCACACCGCAGACCUAGAGAAGAUGAAGAAAGUCAAGUUGAUAUCGACCUUAGCGACCCCCGCUGGCCACUAGACCUCGAUAUCAACAACAUCAUCACUAUCAUUUUGCAGAACGACGCAAAAGAGGGACAGCUCCCCGAGAAGAGCUACCGCAUCAAUUUCGCUGUUCUACAAAGGAUAUACUUGAGGCAGCUUAAAGUUGAACUGGCCAAACAAGCUACUGCACUGAGAUUCGGAGUUAAAGAGCCAUCUGGUUGGCAAGAAAAUCUGGGAAAGUACAUUCAAGCCCUUCAAAACUACGACUAUAUGGAAAAGAAGAGUUUGGAUCCGGAAGAUCCUUUCUACCUGAGCGGGGAGAAGUGGCUGGAUAGGAAUCUCUUGAAGGAAAUCAUUGGAAAUAACGCAGAUAAACUCAAAAGAGACAGAAGAAAGGUCUUCGAUGCUAUUGGGUAUUGGCAGAAAAGUGCGAAAGAUGCGGACCGUGUCAUUGAUACCAGAAGAGACAACUAUCAGAGGAACUGGCUCAGAGGUUUCUACGAACGGUUAGUUAUGGAAGUCAAACCGAAAACCCUCAUAGUAGGCGCCGGUAUCACCGGUCUUUCUACAGCAUGGUGGCUCGACAAAGCAGGCUGGUCCACUAUCAUCAUUGAGAGAGCACCAACGAUCCGCAGCGGCGGGAAUGUGCUUCACGAUAACAAAGGCCGGGAACUGAUCAGCUUCAAUUACGAAGACGUUCACGGAGGUUUGGAGAGCUGUGCUGUUUGUCGAGGUGAUUUGGCAGCUUUGCUAGCUGAAGCAUUACCUGAGUUGGCUACUAUCCGGUUCAAUGAGGCGUUGGACAAUGUCGUUGAGAUUGAGGAUGGGCUGAAAAUCCGAGCGACUUUGAGAAGUGGCGAAAUCGUGGAAGCAGAUUUCUUGGUCGGUGCUGACGGGAUCCGAUCAUCUGUUCGGAACAUGCUCUGGAACGAUGAGAGUUGCUUGGAAGACCUUGGACUUUGCUACGCGACAUACGACGUCGAACAAAAAGAACCCCUCAAAGCGAACUGUGUCUCAUUCAAUAGUCUGGGCCAUCUGGAUAUUCUUUACAGACUGCGGGAUGAUGGACUUGCGGCGCUUCACAUAUGGCGCGACGAUGGCUCUGCACUACAAGACCGAGCUCUAGGAUUUGGUCUCCUUCAUAAGGUCAUUCCUGGACCUCCUGAUAUAACCCAAGCCAUCGAUGUUGCCGAAAAGUCGGGCUCAUCACCCAUCAUCGACAGCCUAACUCUUGUGAAACUAUCCAGCUGGUCCAAAGGUCGUGUUCUCCUCCUCGGCGACUCAGCGCAUUGUCUCACCCUCCUCUCAGGCCAAGGCGCAGGCGUAGCCCUUGUAUCGGCUGAGAUCUUAGGCAAAGAGCUGAUAGCCACCGAGGAUGUUUUACAGGCACUUACCUCUCAUGAGAAGAAGCUUCGGCCGACGAUUGAGAGGUUGCAGGAUAGGAGCAAGAGGCUUGCUUCUACUUAUAUCCCAAAGAGUGCCUUUAUGUACUACUUGGGAAAUCUGCUUAUGAGGUUUCUGCCGUAUUCGUGGAUUGUUUCCUGGCAUUCAAGUGGUGUCGAGACGGAUUUAAUCAAGGAGGGAGAUGGAGCUAUAAGCAGUAAGGACAAUACAGUCUGA